UAGUCAAACUAGUGCAGUUAGUUGAGGGCACACUGACAGAAAUCGAGAUUUAGUUAUGCUUCUGAUAGUUUAUUUCCUUUUUUAAAACAAGAAUUCUGAGUCCAUGCAUGAUCGAAUGACAUAACAUGCCACUUUUCUCAUCAUGUGAAAACCGUGUCAUCAAGUUACCUACAACAGCGUGUGCUUUUCAAAACAAAAGACGGACACGUUCAGAUUUUUUAUUUUUUUUUACUAACUCCUUACUGGAUUGUAAAAACCGUUGACCGUAAUAAUAAGCUGCACAGAAAAUGAUCAAAAAUAGUAUUUUAUCGCGAGAUCCUGGCGGCUGUUUUCAUAGUUUGAGUUAUUUAAGACUUUCAUUUUGAAGGUAAUCGGAUGUUGUUUUGUUAGCCUCACCCGUUUCACAACAGAUAUUGCAGAAUCUCAGCCCGUUUCUGUGUAGUUUAUUACUUGGCGUAGCCUGUGUAACAAAGAACGAUAAAUGUAUUUAAUGCCGUAAAUCCGUCUGUUAACAGCUGCAACAUGGCGCUGUUGGCUAACCUAUAUUUGUUGGCUUUGUAAAACUUUUCUGAUGAAGGAGGAAACGACCGUUAUCGUGAUAUAAUUGACUGUUUUACAUCACAAGGGCCGUCAUGCCGAAAGAGCAGCUUUGUUUCAGGGAAAACGGUUCCUGUGCACCAUCAAGCAAGAAUGCGAAAGAUAAGAGCAACAGCAAUACCUUGCUGACAAUACGUGACCCGAAGCAUGCAGUUGAUUCUAACAGAAGAGGCUCCAGCUGCAGCUCAGAAAAAGACUCCGGGUAUUCUGACGGUUCCGACUGGCAGCAGACGGACAUUGAGGACCAGAGGAGCACCAAAAGCCAGCUGAGAUUGGUAGAACAUGCAAAGUCUCCACAAACUGGUCAAUUUAAAGUACAUGGUGGCAGAAAUGCAGGAAAUCUUGCUGUAAUGGCAACCAAACUGGUUCACCAACCCAUCUACAUCAUCAAGCCAGCCACAACCCUGAAAAGAAAUCAGUUGCAUGUAAAUAACAGCAUGAGGAUAAGCAACCAUGCUGUUUCUCCACAUAUGAUCAGCCUGGAUCAGCCAAGCUUUGUGCCAGCAUCAACUCAGCUCAUCAAGCCUUUCAAGUCCCAAACUUCGAGAGUCACAGGAAAUAAAAUAAAAAACACCUACCUUCCUAUUCUUAACUCUUACCCUCGCAUAGCGCCACAUCCUACCAAGAAACCACCUGACAAGUCUUUAUCAAACCAGGAAUCCCAAUAUUUGAGCAAGAGGAUAUGCACUGAACGCAAGACUGAAGACAAGUCGGUAACUACAAGUCCGUCGGAGGAACAUCAUCACAACCAAUCGACAGUUUCAAACUCUGUCCUGUUGAGUACCUUGUCAAGCAGAAACAGUUUGUCCUCCUCCACCUUCACCAUUUCGCCCACAAACCCAGGAUCUCAAUCCAUCUCUAGUCUGCACGCCGCGUCCUCUCAUCACUCAGACGGAGGACGUCAGAGGAAAAUCACUAGUCCUCACCAUCGGCGAUUCUUCAACACGGUAGAACUUCUCAGACAGUCAGGUCUGUUGGACAUUACCUUGCGUACAAAGGAGCUCCUUCGCCAGAGCAACAGCACUGAGCAGGACAUUUCCCAGCUGCGUCAACACACAGAGCUGCUCUGCCAGGCUGUCAGCAACCCAGCCCACAGCCUUAACGGUGUCACAGCCUGGGAACGUGUGUGUCAGGCCAUGACGGAGUCUGGUAGCUAUCCCAACCUCAACAUGGCACGCAAAUCUCAGAAGCCAUUACAUCCAGAUCCAAUCAGUCAACCACAAGGUAUUUCUUUAGGUAGCAUAAAAAUACUGCAAGCUGCUGAAGGCUCAUGCCUUUCUAACACAAGCUCAGAGCAAUCUCAGGUAAACCAAGACGAGAAAGUUGAGAUCAGAGAAAGAUCUCCAGGCGUUGUGACCAUGAUGUCUCCUGACAGUUCUACUGGUUAGGAUGAUCUGCAGUGCCUUCAAAGACUGAGAUAACUAGCCUGGCUGCUGUGCCUUACCUAAAUAUUCACCUUCAGUGGCAUUUUCGUCUUGCCUUUCAAGCUGGAAUCAAAAUUAUUUUUUGUGGAGUUUGGAUAAUUUGACAGGCUAGAAAUACUUAUUGUGAUACUUAUUGUGAAAUAUGUCUUGAUCCGAGAUCUGAAAUAAGUAAAAAAAAAAAAGUUUUUUCUAAGGUAAAAAGCAGUGACUCCUCAAAAGUAAUUAAUAUGGUCACUGUGAAGCAUCUCUUAAAAUUCAACAUAUUGAGUUUACUUGACUUUUGGAAAGCAAUGCAAAUAUAAUGCAUUCAAUCUCCACAUUAAAACUCAUGAAACUCAACUCAUGAAAAAGAGGAAUAAAGUAAAUGGACUCGGAAUAAGGCAGCGGUCCCAUUUAGUUGCCCGUUUAAAAAAGGCAGUGCCAAAAAAUAAGAGAUUCUGAAAACCUUUUAUUUCUGUGGUAUUUUAAAAAAGGCCUUGAUUUUUUUUUUUUUUUUUUUACUGUGUCAAUUUCAUGCCACAAAUAUACUGUCAGGGGAUAAGCAGAACCACCCAUCACUAAAAUAUACACUAAACAGUUUAACAUCAACCUUUAUAAGCAACAUUAGACCGCGUUAGUUUUUAAAAUGAAUCACAGCUACAUCUAAUGUUGUUGGAGUCAGUUUGUUACAGAUGAAGACGGUGGGCAGUCUGUCAACCAGCCUCAGCUGGAUGUUAAACUACUUCACUGUUUGUUUCUUUGCUCCAAGAUACCAAGUAUCUGUCACUCAGUCGCUUAUGUAGUCUAUAGCAAAGCGUCUUGUCAGGUAUUUUUGUGUGUGUGUUGAUAGUCUGAGCUUGGUUUGCUGUGUGUCAUUGUGUAUUGUAGGCUUUUUUUAAUAAUGCUACAGUGCGCUUCAAAUGAUAUGUGAUCACUUUGCUUAACCUCUUUUUAAGACAUGCACAGAAUAAACGAGCAGCAUUUCAAAAUCAUUAGAUGAACCAUACUCUCUUGUAGCAGCUGUCAUCUCUGCUGACUGUUUUUUGUGAUUUUUCACAGUUUUCUUUGGUUUUUGGACUUUUACUUCACUAAUUUAAAACACUUUUCAGUGUAAGUUUGAAAGUUUAACUGUGUUUAUUGGAGAUUAGGUGUUGCAAGGACAAGCGGUUAUUAACAGUGGAGGGAUGACCUUUAAAACUCUCAUUCUCGUACUUCCAUUGAGUACUAAAGCAUAUUGGAAUUGGUUUAGAGCUGAGACUAAAUUAAUGAAAACUCAUAAGAUGCAAAAAAUAAAAAACAAUCUUAUUUGGAUGUAACAUGAAUUGUAUUUAUGCUAUGUCUCUAUUGUCCCCUUUUGUAAAAUUAUAAUAAUAAUGCUAUUCAGUGUAUCAUAAACUGAUACAAAAAGCUUUUACCUAAAUAAUGGUCAGUAAACAGCUGGGAGUAAAAGUAUUAUUUGAGGAUGCAACAUGCAGGCCUGAUGGCCAAAGUUUUCACAUUUCAAGAGGUUUUUGGAGAAUUUUUCAGAAUUGUAAGCUAUUUAAAUAAAGCAGUUUGUGAAAAGUU